AUGUCUGUAAGGAGGAAUAUGUUAUGUACCACACCAUCAGAAAAAGUCCAAUCACUUCUGGACCAAGAAGAAAAUACCCAGAAUGGUCAAUUCCGGCUUUUUUCGGAGAUACAGGAGUUGAAUAUCGAACGUGGGGAAAUGAUCUGGCGAGAAACCGCCAGAUACAUUAAAUUUGAGGAGCUUGUCGAAGACGGGGGAAGCCGAUGGUCCAAACCACAUGUGGCUUCUUUCCUCCUGCAUUCGGCAUUCGAACUACGAAGACUACUGCUCAGUGGAAUUGUCAUGUUCGACAUGCCUGUUUUGUCGCUAUACAGAGUUAUUGAUUUGGUGUUGGUGGAUCUGGGCGAAAACUACAAUCUGUCUGUCGAUGAAAAAUUUAAGGUAAAGAAGGUUUUGUUGGCUAGACACCAACAUCAACAUCAGAGAGAUAGAGAAAGGCGUAAAAAGGCAUUUAUUAAAGUGAAUCCAUUUUCUUCUUCACAAACAUCAACCAGUAGCUUAGAAGAUAUUCCCGAUGCUAAACAAAAUUUAAAAUUCAUGAAAAAGAUUCCGGAGGGAACAGAAGCAAGUAAUAUCCUGGUAGGCGGGGUGGAAUCCCUUGAAAAAACAAUUGUAGCAUUCGUAAGACUGUCAGAAGCUGUAAUGUUAGAUGAAUUGACAGAAGUUCCCGUGAAAAGUAGAUUUAUAUUUAUUUUACUAGGACCACUGGGACCGAAAUCUGCAGAAAAUGGUUUUCACGAAAUCGGACGCGCAAUGGCCGCACUUAUGUCAGACGAAGUCUUUUGCGAAGUUGCAUAUCACGCCCGCGAUAAGAGCCAUAUAAUAGCAGGAAUAGAUGAGUUUCUUAACGCAAUAAUAGCUAUACCCCCCUCAGAAUGGGAUCCUGCUGUAAGAAUUGAACCUCCUGCCUCAGUUCCUUCCCAAGAUAGAAGAAAACGACCACCUGAAAAAUUUAUCAUAGCAGUCGAUGGUGAUACCGAAGAACAAAGACUAAGAGAAUAUUCAGGUUUAGUCAGAACUGGAGUGUUAUUUGGUGGACUCGUAAAUGAUGUUAAACGAAAGGUUCCGUUUUAUGUAUCUGACUUUAAGGAUGCAUUUGCUCUACAAACCAUAGCAUCUUGGAUAUUUUUAUACUUCGCAUGUUUAUCUCCAAUCAUUACCUUUGGUGGGCUCUUAUCCGAAGCUACUGGUAAAAGCAUGGCUGCCAUUGAAUCCUUAUUAUCUGGACUUAUUUGUGGCGUUAUCUACGGCUUCUUUUCUGGCCAACCGUUGUCGAUAUUAGGAUCAACUGGACCCGUAUUAAUAUUUGAAACAAUCAUUUACGACUUCUGUGAGGCAAUGACCUGGGAUUAUUUGAGCUUUAGGUUCUGGAUCGGAACCUGGACUUCGAUCAUUUUAUUGACAUUAGUGUCUAUAGACGCUAGCGCUUUUGUAUCUUAUAUUACCAGAUUCACCGACGAAAAUUUUGCAAUAUUGGUCACGCUUAUAUAUAUUUAUAAAGCUUUCGAAAACGUAUGGGCCAUUAAAAGUAAAUUUCCAAUUAAUUUGGAUAUAAACAGUAUGAAUAUCACAAACUGUACAUCCACUGGAAAAAAUAAAACUAUAUCACAAUUCCUAAUUAUGACUAAUAGUUCCAUCACGGACAACGCCACAAUGCAGUUCUUAAAUGGAUCUUCAACUGAAGGUUGUCUUGAACCGCCACACCAUCCGGGUAUAUUUUUUAUGUCACUUUUCCUAUUUCUGGGAACAUUUUUUAUUUCAAUCCAAUUGAAAUACUUUAAAAAUGCUCGCUUCUUCUCUUCAAGGGUACGCCAAUACCUAAGUGAUUUCUCCAUAACCAUAGCAAUAUGUUCCAUGGCUCUGUUAGAUUUUUACGUCGGAAUUCCAACACCAAAACUCGAAAUACCUCACGAACUCAAACCAACUCUUCCGGACCGAGGAUGGAUCAUAUUUCCCUUCAACGGCAAUCCGUUAUACACAGUGUUUGUAGCAAUCUUUCCGGCUCUAUUAGGCACCAUUCUGAUAUUUAUGGAUCAACAAAUAACAGCUGUUAUAGUUAACAGAAAGGAGCAUAAUUUUAGAAAAGGCUGUGGCUAUCACUUAGACCUCUUCGUUCUGGCGAUCCUCAUCCAAAUUUGCUCAAUCAUGGGACUUCCGUGGUUUGUAGCUGCAACAGUGCUAUCCAUAACACACGUAAACUCUUUGAAACGGGAAACAGAAUGUACUGCACCAGGUGACAAGCCUCAAUUCUUAGGUGUUCGUGAGCAGAGAGUGACACAUAUCUUGAUAUUUUUGUCCAUUGGAUUAUCAAUAUUUUUAUCGCCUGUAUUGGAGCAUUUACCAAUGCCUGUGCUGUACGGUGUGUUCCUCUACAUGGGAGUAACCUCGUUAAAAGGACUACAAUUUUUUGACAGAAUAUGCCUUUUGUUCACGCCAAUGAAAUAUCAGCCGGACUACAUCUACUUAAGACAAGUGCCAAUAAGGAAAGUCCACAUAUUCACCAUCAUACAACUGACCUGCUUAAUUGGUAUGUGGCUGAUAAAAUCUUUCAGACAAACAUCCAUUUUUUUCCCUUUGAUGUUGGUAGUAAUGAUCGCAAUCAGAAAGUCGUUGGACUUUGUUUUUACAAAAAAAGAACUGAGAGCUUUAGACGAUCUCUGGCCACAAAACAACCAAAUUCAAAGAAUUGAGGAAAGCCGCUGUUGGAUGUCUAAAUAUAUUUUAGGCCCUAAAUUGAUCCCGAGAAGGGAACACUUGGAUACAAUUGAGGUUUAA